CCAGCAGGAUGGGUGAUGCGGAGAGCUGCCUGUUCAGACAACAGACACGCGAGGUCAGGGAGAAGCCGCUUAUAAAUUACCGCUUCCUCCGCGCUGCCGCCAGCGUCGUGCUCCGGGACCUGCUUGCAGUCGAGCUCCAGUGCCCAGCCGCCAACGCUGCGAUCGCCACCAGCCCCGCCAGUCCCUCCAGUCCUGGGCCAUCCGCCGUGGGCUUAGCCACCCAGGUGCAGAGCCAGCCCCACAGCCUCUUCAGAGGAGCCUCUCAAGCCCAAGCAGUAGCUGGUGUUAGGCACCAUCUCGUAGCCCUGGAAGCCGCUGUCACUGCCAUCCGCUGCACCAACGUCCGUCAGCCUGACAGAGUUAGAUAUGAAUCCCGUGCACCCAGAAAACGAGGAAAUGGCCACCAAAGAGAAGCUGCAAUGUCUGAAAGACUUCCACAAAGACAUCCUGAAGCCUUCGCCAGGGAAGAGCCCAGGCACACGGCCUGAGGAUGAGGCUGAGGGGAAGCCCCCUCAGAGGGAGAAGUGGUCCAGCAAGAUUGACUUUGUGCUGUCUGUGGCCGGAGGCUUCGUGGGUUUGGGCAACGUCUGGCGUUUCCCGUACCUCUGCUACAAAAAUGGUGGAGGUGCUUUCCUCAUACCGUAUUUUAUUUUCCUGUUUGGGAGCGGCCUGCCUGUGUUUUUCCUGGAGGUCAUCAUAGGCCAGUACACCUCAGAAGGGGGUAUCACCUGCUGGGAGAAGAUCUGCCCCUUGUUCUCUGGCAUUGGCUACGCAUCCAUCGUCAUCGUGUCCCUCCUGAAUGUGUACUACAUUGUCAUCCUGGCCUGGGCCACAUACUACCUAUUCCAGUCCUUCCAGAACGAGCUUCCCUGGGCCCACUGUAACCACAGCUGGAACACCCCGCAUUGCAUGGAGGACACCCUGCGGAAGAACGAGAGUCUCUGGGUCGCCAUUAGUACCACCAACUUCACCUCACCUGUCAUCGAGUUCUGGGAGCGCAAUGUGCUCAGCCUGUCCUCCGGGAUCGACGACCCAGGCGCUCUGAAAUGGGACCUUGCGCUCUGCCUCCUCUUAGUCUGGCUCGUCUGUUUUUUCUGCAUCUGGAAGGGGGUUCGAUCCACAGGCAAGGUUGUCUACUUUACCGCCACUUUCCCGUUUGCCAUGCUUCUGGUGCUGCUGGUCCGUGGACUGACCCUGCCAGGUGCUGGUGAAGGCAUCAAAUUCUACCUGUACCCCGACAUCAGCCGCCUCGAGGACCCACAGGUGUGGAUCGACGCUGGAACCCAGAUAUUCUUUUCCUAUGCCAUCUGCCUGGGGGCCAUGACCUCACUGGGAAGCUACAACAAGUACAAGUAUAACUCGUACAGGGACUGUAUGCUGCUGGGAUGCCUGAACAGUGGUACCAGUUUUGUGUCUGGCUUCGCAAUUUUUUCCAUCCUGGGCUUCAUGGCACAAGAGCAAGGGGUGGACAUUGCUGAUGUGGCUGAGUCAGGUCCUGGCUUGGCCUUCAUUGCCUACCCAAAAGCUGUGACUAUGAUGCCGCUGCCCACCUUUUGGUCCAUUCUGUUUUUUAUUAUGCUCCUCUUGCUUGGACUGGACAGCCAGUUUGUUGAAGUCGAAGGACAGAUCACAUCCUUGGUUGAUCUUUACCCGUCCUUCCUAAGGAAGGGUUAUCGUCGGGAAAUCUUCAUCGCCAUCGUGUGUAGCAUCAGCUACCUGCUGGGGCUGACGAUGGUGACGGAGGGUGGCAUGUAUGUGUUUCAACUCUUUGACUACUAUGCAGCUAGUGGUGUAUGCCUUUUGUGGGUUGCAUUCUUUGAAUGUUUUGUUAUUGCCUGGAUAUAUGGCGGUGAUAACUUAUAUGACGGUAUUGAGGACAUGAUUGGCUAUCGGCCUGGGCCCUGGAUGAAGUACAGCUGGGCUUUCAUCACGCCAGCUCUCUGUGUUGGAUGUUUCAUCUUCUCUCUUGUCAAGUAUGUACCCCUGACCUACAACAAAGUCUACGUGUACCCUGAUUGGGCGAUUGGGCUGGGCUGGGGCCUGGCCCUUUCCUCUAUGGUGUGUAUCCCCAUGGUCAUUGUCAUCCUCUUCUGCCGGACGGAGGGACCGUUCCGCGUGAGAAUCAAAUACCUGAUAACCCCCAGGGAACCCAACCGCUGGGCUGUGGAGCACGAGGGGGCCACGCCCUUCAACUCCCGCUCGAACCUCAUGAAUGGCGCACUCAUGAAACCCAGUCACGUCAUCGUGGAGACCAUGAUGUGAGGUCCGGGCCAUGCGACAGGCGCCGCUCCCCUGCUGUUUACUAACGUUAGAUUCUCAUAGGACCAGGUUUACAGAGCUUUAUAUUUGUACUAGGAUUUUUUUUUUAAUUGUCACAGAAAAUGUUACUCUAUGUGUAUGUGUGUGUGUGUGUGUCAUGUGUGUGUCUAUGUGUAUUUUGUUUUGAUUUGGGGGAUAUUUUGUACAAAAAGAACCCACGGGCCUAUGUCCUGGGGAGAGGAUGGACUUUCUUAUUGAUUUUGAUGUAUUUUAUGGGAACUUGGUAAAUUUUUCUUUGUAUUUUUUUUAACAUAUAAUGAUAUAUAUACUUAGAGUCUGUCAUACACUUUACCACUUGAAUUGGUCUUGCCAGCAAUGGAUUUCAUUUUCAAAAGCAAUUCUUCGGUGCUUAUAUAGCUGGCAGAAAAUUCUGCCCAAAAACAAACAAAAAAAAAAGAAAGAGAAAAAGAAAAACACCUAAAUGCUGGGUGGAAUUUUCCUAUGAUGAUGGAUACAUCUUCAAGAAAGGUAUAGUCCCUUCUGGGCUGGUUCAGGAGGAAGAACACAGCUGAGGAGAGGGAGCCCCCACUAGCUGAACAGACCUGAGGGGCAGGAGAGAGCAGGGCUGUGGGGAGAACCAUCACUCUUUCUCAACCAACAAGAAAGACGCCAAAAUAAUAACUCCCCCCUCAGCAUGAAGGAUUGAUUCUAAGAGCAGCCGAAGCCAUUGGACCAGGGCCCAACCCCCUCCCUUUUAUUUUGGAGUAGAGGGUGGGUAGUCAGUGGGAUUGUCUGAACCACCAUGGGUCUUAGAGGCAGGAAUGGGAAGUCUGAAAGGCAGGCGUGAAUGGGGCUGCGAUCUGGGAGCCUCAGCUGGCUUAGGCAGAAACCUGGGCCUUUCUUGAGCAUUCGAUACAGUUGCCUGAGGCCAGUCCACAGGAGCUGCAAGGGCUUCAGAGUCAGGAUCACACACAAGAAGGGGCCGUUGUAUCUGAAUGGAGUCAUGGCGGAUGGUGGUCAGGGCAUUCCCCAAGCAGAAUGCAUUUUGGUGAGGGCCAGGAGGGAAGCCAGUGGACCAAAGGAUAUUAGCAGCUCAGGAGAGUGAGUGUACCCCAGACUGGCAAGUAUACCCCAGGAGGGCACUUUCCUCCUUUGCCUCUUGACAAACUCUUGCUAAAGAUGCCACCCUAGGGCCAUCCAGCUCCUAGCACAGAAUGUCCAGCGUGGCUAUAGAUGCUGGAACUUAAAGGAUUUUAAGUUCAAGUACAGAGCCAACUCGGUAGUGACCUCAGAUACUGUUUCCAAGCCUCUGCAGUGGCUGUUGAACAGGUGUUUGCCCCCUCGCCCCCAGGGAACUGAGAGAAGACAAAGGUGAAUUUUAUAGGUUGAGGUUGUCUCCACAGAGAUUGAGGCCAGUGCCCCAGAGCUGGCUGACCUCAGGCAGGUCUGUUUCCUUCUGAACCAGGAGAGGGCGCUACACCUUCACCCCAGCCUCCACUGGGCCCAGCUGUGCCAUCCUGAACCAACUUGCCCUCCUGACAAAUGUACACAUUUUUCUGUCUCCAAAGUGUCUGCCAAGUGACCCUCUAGUCCUCUUCCAGUGGUUGUUGAGUCAGCCACCCGUGAUUGUACCGUGUUCCUACUGUCCUGUGUAUUUCUGGUUGCUCUUGUGUUAAUGUGAGUGUUGGAGUUUUUCUUCCCUGAUUUUACCAACUUGUAACGUGUCCUGUUUUUCUUUUGUUUUAUGGAACCUUAAAAGUAACCACUGUGGGUGAUUGAAGACAGGUGAAAUGUAAGGGAGAGGGGGCUCAUCCAGCUGCGUCUGUGGUCAUGCCUGCCUACCCUUCCCCUCCGCCAGGCACGCCACUCUGGUGAGCCUUCAGUAUUUUGGGUUGGCAGACAAAUGGCACCAUUCUGGAAAUGGCCUGACAAAGGCCUUUUUAUCAUUCCCAGAUCAAAUUCUAGACCAAAGACACAGCGGGCCAAGUCCCCAGGCCCUGCCUGGGUGGAAGGCCAGCCACCUGCUGAGCCCACUCCCCAACAGUGUCCCUGCACUUGUCUUCAAUACUCACCACUGUCACCCAGCCCCUGGCCCUGAUAGCCCUUGUUGUGAUCUUGUCUUUCCAUGUCUGCAUGUAAGUAACAUUUUGAAGUAGAGCUCAUGACUCUGGUCCACCUGCCUCUUGGAGAGAGGGAGGGCUAAGCUGUCUACCAACCAGCCCUUGCCUGGAACAGGUCAGAUUGUGCCCUGCCUGUCAGAUGUGGGCAGGAAGCAAGGUACAAUGCCAGAUUUAGAUGAGGACCAUGGUGGGCCCAAGAGGACUCUCCUGGGCGAUGUUAUUUGGUCCCAAGAGCUUCAUUAGCCCCCAUGUGGAGGAUCCCUACUGGGUGCUGUGGACAGUCCCAGAGGAGCCCCAAUCCAAGGCACUUUUGUAAACAGGAAAACUGAGGCCUAGGGUAGGAGAGACUUUUUGUGAGCUGAGUGGAACUGGAUAAUUGAGUCAUUUGUAGCUCCAGGCUCUCCAGGUAUGGGCAGAAGGAAAGCAGGACCAGGGCAUUGUCUAAUUAACCCAGGCCUUCCCUGUCAACUAGAGGCCAGACUGAUAGGGCCCCCUGCCUAUGCUCAUAGAGCAGAGAGCAGCGCCCACUUCUGCCCAACCUCACUCUCCUGCUCCCCGCAGGCCCAUGCUACCCUUCCCUCCUCCCCCAAAGCCUUUAGGAGCUAGGAAUUGAUACCCUCCCGCCACCCCCCCCCUUCCCCCGACCAACUUGCACCACAGAAACUGAGGGCCAAAGACAUUGCUAGUAUGAAGAGCCUUAGGCAGGCUGUAAUGGCAGGCCUUUGGCCUCCAUGCAGCCUGAGGCUACGCAGGAAGUAGCCUGAGAAGGUUUCUUUCCUUCUUGGGAAGGAAGAUCUUGGGGAAGGUUCCCUCUAGGCCUCUGGCCCCUAGUCCUUAUCUCCCUGGAAGACCAUGCAGACCGUAACAAAACAGGAGGAGAAAGUAGCAUGGGUCCCCUCUGCACAGGAAGGGGCUUUCUGUAUCCCAGGGUGUCACUACCAUGGCCAACAGCAUUCCAGCCCUGCUCCUCUGGAUGGGGCAAUGCUCUAGACAGUCUAAAGAGGCACCGAUCCCGGUUCCUCUCUCCAAGAUGCAGACACAAGCCAGGAAGGCACCUUACAGAAGGCCCUUCACAGCCCACUCAAUCCUGAGACCCCCGUCCCCACGGACACUGUAAAUACCUCUGUGUGCACAUCCCUCCUUCAUCAAGUCCAAAACCACACACAAAACAAAACCUAGAUACCCCGAGAUGGAGAGGGGUGCCCCGGAAGCCAGACGCAGGGCUCCCGCCGCCCUUCCUCCAUGCUGACCUCCCAGUAGUUGGGGCUUCACAGGAAGCUGGCUUUCCAUGCUCUUUGGGAGGGUAGAGGGGUGGUGGUGGUGUCAUUACAGGCAUGUUCUGGCAUGUUCCCUGAAGGACAGAGCAUCUUGUUAUAUAUUUGGCUUCAAAAUGAGAUGGUAGCUCCAUUUUUUUUUUUUAAACCCAAUUAAUCUUUCCAAUCCCUAACAACUGUGACUCUGUAUUUAGCACAAGAGAAAGCUGAGAACGUGGGUUUUGCCUCCUUCAGAAAUAUGUCUGGCUCAUCAAGACAUUUUUUUAAGAACUUCAAAAUAUUUUUAAGAUAUUUUAAACUUUUGUAAAAAAUAAAAAACAAAAAAACAAACGCACACAAAAGAAAAACCUAAAACCAACCAACGAGGGGAGGAGCGUUUAUGUUUGAAGGAUCCUUGGUGUGUGACCUGUCUUGCAGUAUACAAGCUCUGUGUAUUGAUGUUUAACGACGACGACCCUGCAUUUUGCAGGAUUUCGUUUUUUUUUUCCUCUUUUGCUUUUUAGAUGAAUAUGUAUAUUGAUAUUUUAAAUCCAUCUUUGCUUUUUUUAGAGGAGUUUAUAAUCACCUUGUAACACAACAAUAAACAUUUCCUUUUUAAAAUCCAAGAA